AUGGUGCUGCUGCUGCUGCUGCUGUUGCUGCAGCAGCAGCAGCAGCAGCACGAGAUACACCUGAGGAUGCGAGACCCUGGGGGCGAGAAUGCUUCGAUGGGCGCAGCAGAAGAGGAGCAGCAGAUGUAUGCUCAGACCCCUCCGCUGUACACCCGAAAGCAGCCAGCUCUGCUGUCUCCCUGGACCUCUUGCAUGCAGCAGCAGCAGCAGCAGCAGCAGCAGGAGCAGCAGGAGCAGGAGCAGGAGCAGGGGGAGGAGCGCAGCAAGCAGUAG